AGAAACAAUCUAAAAUGAAGACGUGGGCUCUCUUUCUCUUCUUUCUUGUCCCUUGUGUUGAAGCAGAGCUAUGCUACAAUGGUGGAACGUUUGAUGGGACCAAAUGCAUCUGUGAUGAAGAUUUAUACUAUGGGCCCCAAUGUGAGUUCCUUGUUCAAGAAACCCUCAAUGGCACUGUCACAACAAGUAUAACAUCAAGUGCUCUCUCAGGAGAAAUAAGCACCUCUCCAACACACCCUGCUGGGACCAGAACCACCCCACACCCCACCAUCCCUAUUAGCACUACAAGCACAGCGUUCACAACUACCACAAGUCAGCUAUGCUACAAUGGUGGAAUAUUUGAAGGGACCAAAUGCAUCUGUGAUAAAGAUUUAUACUAUGGGCCCAAGUGUGAGUUCCUCCAGGAUGAAAUUUCAGUCACUGAAUUAUCUGUGACCAUUACUGUUGAAGCUCGGGUGAGGGUUACUAACAGAGAGUUCAAGAAAUCUCUGGAAGACUUAAACUCUAGCUAUUCUCGGGAAAUUCACGCUCAGUUUAAAAAGCAGAUGAAAGUUGUUUAUGGUGGUGUCCCUGGAUACCGUGAUGUGGAGAUCUUACGAAUGAGGAAUGGAAGUAUUAUUGUGGAACAUAAAAUCAUCUCCCAAGUACUAAUAUGGAAUAAUGAGGAAAUUAUUCCGCAUAUAAUGGAAAUUAUUACAGAGGCAGUGAUACACGCCUUGAAAAACAUACAUACCGAAGGAGAGUGUAUUGAGCCUUCAGGACCAGAACUGUGCUUUGUUUCUUUACCUAACUCAAUUCUUAAUGCAAAUUAUUCAUUAAACGACACCUGUAAAAAUAUUAGUGGCGUAAAGUAUGCAGAAUACUAUUAUCCCCACAUAACAAAUGGUACUGUGCGCUGUGUCUCGAGAUGUUUCAGUGGCAUUCAAGAUUCCAUAAACUGCUUCAAUGGUGUUUGCCGAGUCUCUGAAAUUGGCCCCCACUGCAUUUGCGAUAAUUUGGACAUGUUCUGGUAUCUGAAUAAUUACUGCCAAUUCCCUAUCCAAAAGAUUGUGCUGGGCCUUAGUCUUGCCCUGGCUGUGUUCUUUGUGAUAAGUAUCAUCCUUGUUAUUUGCCUCAUCGAAGCAAAGCAUAAAAGCAAAGCAAAGCGUAAAAAAUCCAGGAAAAGCUGGUCUGAUAAUGCUGACUGUGAUAAAAUGGGCCAAAGGAAUCCCGUAUUUCCAGAAUAGAGGCUAGUGGAACUGCACUUGCACAUAACCAAUGAGGACGAGCUGAUGUGAAGUAUAUGGAAUGAAUGUUAAAAAAUGAUUAACAAGACUUUCUAUCUGAGAACAAAGAGGCUGAUGAUAAAUGGCUUGAUACAUGUUGGACUUUGCAUCAAGUGUAAAGAAUCUGCAAAUAGCUGUGGAAGUGUUUGAUUCAAGGUGUGCAAAAUUAUGAAUCAUGGUGAAAUUCCAACUUGUUUUAUGUGAACAUUUCCUGCCACAUAGCCAUCUUCUCCACGCUAAGGCUCAGCCAAGUUUUCAGUGGGGGAUAUGCAUGAGGUACGAAUGUGACCUUUGCAGAUUUGCUUGGAAUCAAUAAAGGUGAUGAUU